UUGAUGAAUAUAAAAAAAAAAGAUUUUUUUUUCAGAAUUUUUAUAUAUGGAAGUGAAAAUCUCUUCUUAUACAUAAUAAUGAAGACUUCUAUAAAAACGACACAAAAUUAAAAAAGAAAAUUAUAAAGAGUUAAAAAAUUAUUUCUUCCCGACUUCCAGUAGUAAAAUAGUUUUACACUAAAAUGUGUGGGGUGGGGGCGGCGUAUGGAGGUCCUAUUACAUAUGUAAAACAAUGACAAUAAUGGAGAUUGAAUUUUAUGGCACCAACCAUAUUACGUAAUGAUAACGACAUCACAACUGACCAUUUCAUUUGGAAAAAAGAAAAGACUUGUAUAUAUGAACAAAGUCUUCUUAUGAAGUAGUAACAAUGACAUCUGCUUAGAAGAAAUUAAACUUAGUGACCAAGUUUUUUGGUCUAUAUAAGGUGAUAAUUCAGUGAACAAUCAAUCGCAUACAGUUCUAAUUAAUUUAUAUCCAAAGUACGUGAAGGAAGAAUGAUGAUGCAAGAUGUUUGGAAUCAGUUUGGUCCAGCCAUUGCAACAAUCAUGUUUGCCUGGACCAUGUACCAGAACUAUUUCCCUCAUGAACUUCGUGGGCAUAUUCGGAGGUAUACCGAUAAACUGGUGAACUAUUUCUACCCAUUUAUGCAUAUUAUAUUUCAUGAAUAUGAAACUGAUGGCUGGUUCGAGCGUAGUAAAGCUUAUGUAGCCAUUGAAAGGUAUCUAAGCAAGAACUCCUCCACACAAGCUAAGCGUCUAGUAGCCAACGUUGUCAAAGAUGGCCAAUCUCUUGUCCUAACGAUGGAUGAUCACGAGGAGAUAACUGAUGAUUAUGAAGGGGAGAAGGUUUGGUGGAUAUCUAGCCAAAAAGAAGCCAACAGACAGACAAUUAGUUGGUACCCCAGGGAGGAGGAGAAGAGGUAUUUCAAACUGAAGUUUCACAGAAAAAACCGCGAAAUUAUCACCAAUACAUACUUGAAAUAUGUGUUGGAUGAAGGGAAGGCGAUUUCUGUAAGAGAAAGGCAGAGAAAAUUGUACACAAACAAUAAGGGAGAUGGUGGGUAUGAUGGCUACCGGAGGCGAAUGUGGAGUCAAGUGGUGUUUGAACAUCCAUCAACAUUUAAGACUUUAGCCAUGGAGCCAAACAAGAAACAAGAGAUUAUGGAUGAUCUCGAAACAUUUUCUAAGUCAAAAGAAUACUAUGCCAAGAUUGGCAAGGCAUGGAAGCGCGGUUAUCUUCUUUAUGGUCCUCCAGGGACCGGUAAGUCUAGCAUGAUUGCUGCUAUGGCUAACUUUUUGCAAUAUGAUGUCUAUGAUCUUGAAUUGACAGCUGUUAAGGACAACACGGAGCUAAGAAAGUUAUUGAUAGACACUACUAGUAAGUCUAUCAUUGUGAUUGAAGACAUCGACUGCUCCCUCGAUCUUACAGGCCAAAGGAAGAAGGAGGAGAAGAAAGAGAAGGAAGAUAAAGUCGAGAAAGAUGUCAUCAAGGAGGAGUUGAAGAAGAGAGAGGAGAAAAAGCCAAGUGAGGUAACUUUGUCUGGACUUUUGAACUUCAUUGAUGGGUUAUGGUCAGCUAUUGGUGGCGAAAGGCUUAUUGUUUUCACAACCAACUUUGUGGAAAAGCUUGAUCCUGCUUUAAUUCGAAGGGGGAGGAUGGAUAAACACAUUGAGCUGUCAUAUUGUUGCUUUGAGUCGUUCAAAGUGCUUGCAAAUAAUUAUCUAGACGUUGCUUCUCAUGAUCACUUUCCUGAGAUUCAACGUUUAUUGGGGGAAACUAAUAUAACUCCUGCUGAUGUUGCUGAGAAUUUGAUGCCCAAGUCUUCCAAGGAAACUGCAGAUACUUGCUUGGCGAGGUUAAUUAAAGCUAUUGAAACUGCAAAGGUGGAAGCAAAACUGAAGGCCGAGGAAGAAAAGGCUGAGAAGGAGAAGGUAGAGAAAGAGAAUGAAGAAAAAAAGAAAGGAGCAGCAGCAACUGAAUAUGCUAAGAAACCUGAUGAUGUGAAGGAAAAUGGGAAUUGUUCGGAGACUAAUGGUGUCAAGGAAAAUGCUGAUGUUAGUUAAGGGUGAGUAAAGGUUGAUCAUGGUUAUAUUUGAUAACUAGGAGUUGCGUAUAAAACUAGGAUUCAGUUAUUUUCAAUAAUUUUUUUGGUGAACAUUGUUGACUUUGUUAUGCAAAAGAUAUUAUGAUGUG